AUGACUACUGUACCUGGUAUAGAGGCUGAUGCUCUCAACGUGUUGAGAUCAAUCACUCCAACCCUUGACUUAACUCGGCAUAAAGGGCAGGCUGGCAAGAUAGCUGUUAUUGGUGGAUGCCGUGAAUACACGGGUGCUCCAUACUUCUCUGCCAUUUCAGCUUUAAAAAUUGGAGCAGAUUUAUCCCAUGUAUUCUGUACUAAAGAUGCAGCUCCAGUUAUAAAAAGCUAUAGUCCAGAGUUAAUUGUGCAUCCUAUUUUGGAAGAAUCUUACAGUGUUAGGGAUGAGGACAAAAGAUCAAUAUCAGCUAAGGUUCUUGCUGAAGUUAAUAAGUGGAUGGAAAGAUUCGAUUGUCUUGUUGUUGGUCCAGGCCUCGGGAGGGACCCAUUUCUUCUGGACUGCGUGAGUGAUAUCAUGAAGCAUGCAAGACAUUCAAAUGUCCCAAUGGUAAUAGAUGGGGAUGGGCUCUUUCUUGUUACAAACUGUCUUGAUCUGGUCAGUGGAUAUCCCUUAGCUGUCCUUACUCCAAAUGUGUAUGAAUAUAGGCGCCUUGUUGAGAAAGUCCUUAAUUGUGAAGUAGAUAGUCAAGAUGGAACAGAACAACUACUUUCUCUUGCCAAACGGUAA